AUGGUAAACUCCACUUCCCCGUUCCAGCAACCCAAUCUCGCGAGGUUCAACAUCGAUUUUCCAGAUGAUGACUUCCUGGUCGCCGCAUUGGAGUACACGAAACAACAUACGUCUGCGCCGACCGUCAACCACUGCCUUCGAAGUGCUGCCUUCGCUCUCCUGGCGGCCAGUAAAGUCCCGCCCUUCGCAAGCGCAGACAAGAAGCUCGUGGUCCUGGCUUGUUUGAUGCAUGAUCUGGGGUGGCAAGGACGUGGCGUCACCAACACCUUGAUUUCCAAGGAGAAGCGUUUCGAAGUCGACGGCGCGGAUCUAGGCAGGACUUGGAUGCGAGACAACAUUGUGGCUGGAUCCGGUGUGAGUUGGGGACAGAGGGAGGAGCAACUCCUUUGGGACGCCAUUGCUCUUCACACGACACCAUCGAUUGGUAAAUACAAGGAAGCCGAGGUCGCAGUGGUCGGGCUGGGCAUUGCUGCCGACUUCCUGGGGCACAAGAUGCCCGGCGGGUUGUUCACCUUUGAGCAGCAGAAGGCGAUCGUGGAUGCUUUCCCAAGACUCGGGUUCGCGGAUGAACUCAAGCACGUUAUGUGUGGCCUAUGCAGGGACAAGCCUGAGACGACGUACGAUAACUUCGUGUCGGAGUUUGGGAGGACCUAUGGUAUCGACGGGAAGGGUGGUGGCAAGGAGGAGUAUCAGAAAGCUCUCGAGUCGCACUCGUUCCUGAAUGGGUUGUUCCAGACUCUGAAGUUCAAUGAGGAAGAGGAGGCGAAGAGCGCGUAG